CUCUAGAACUGGCAAGUCGCGACGACGCCGAGGAAAAUAUUUUCUGUUUCGGCCGCAAUAGUUAAAAACCUGCUUAAAGUGUUUGUUUAUAUAUGUCGUCCGCGUAGCAGGCAAAUGCAACCAAGUCCGCGACUGCAAUUGCUGACCGCCUAAACGCCGCCAAGGACAGAAAAUAACAGUAAUGCGAAAGACCCGCUCGCAGACGGCUCGCACGCAGGCGGAAAAUGCCGCAACAUCUUCGAGCCCUGGGCACCAAUCUACAGCAUCAGCGCCAAUAGCAGUGAAUCCCUUUGAUGCGGGCAAAUACAAGGAAUGUGAGCAAAUGGUGCAGAUGCUCCGAGUGGUUGAGCUACAAAAAGUUCUGUCGUUUCUGAACAUCUCCUUCGCUGGACGAAAAACUGACUUGCAGAGCCGUAUCCUUUCGUUUCUGCGCACCAAUUUGGAUUUGCUAGCCCCGAAGAUCCAGGAAGUUUACGCCCAGUCCGUGCAGGAGCAAAGCGCCACGCUGCAGUACAUCGACCCAACCAGGAUGUACUCGCACAUCCAGCUGACGCCCGCCGUUCAGGCGAAUCCGGUGGGCCUGGUGGGCGGAGGUCCAGGCGUCCAGGUGCCUGGUGGCCAGAUGAACGUAGUCGGCGGCACACCCUUCCUCCACACGCACAACAUCAACAGUCAGCUGCCUAUCCAUCCAGAUGUCCGGUUAAAGAAGCUAGCCUUCUACGAUGUCCUUGGCACACUGAUCAAGCCUUCUACGCUGGUGCCACGCAACACACAGCGCGUUCAAGAGGUGCCUUUCUACUUCACACUUACGCCACAGCAGGCCACCGAGAUUGCCUCUAAUCGAGACAUCCGCAACAGCUCCAAAGUGGAGCAUGCAAUUCAGGUGCAGCUACGCUUCUGCCUCGUAGAGACCUCGUGCGAUCAGGAAGAUUGUUUUCCGCCAAACGUAAACGUUAAAGUCAACAACAAGCUGUGUCAGCUGCCUAAUGUCAUUCCUACAAAUCGACCAAAUGUGGAACCCAAGCGGCCACCGCGCCCUGUCAACGUCACCUCCAAUGUUAAGCUGUCGCCAACCGUGACCAACACCAUCAUGGUGCAGUGGUGCCCCGAUUACACGCGCAGCUACUGCCUAGCCGUAUACCUGGUAAAGAAGCUAACCUCCGCGCAGCUGUUACAGCGAAUGAAGACCAAAGGCGUUAAGCCUGCCGACUAUACCCGCGGCCUGAUCAAGGAGAAACUAACUGAGGAUGCCGAUUGUGAGAUAGCCACAACUAUGCUUAAAGUUUCACUCAACUGCCCGCUGGGUAAGAUGAAAAUGUUGCUGCCUUGCCGAGCAUCAACUUGCUCGCACCUGCAAUGUUUUGACGCUAGUUUAUACCUCCAAAUGAACGAGCGAAAGCCAACAUGGAACUGCCCCGUGUGCGACAAACCAGCCAUAUAUGACAACCUGGUUAUAGAUGGGUACUUCCAAGAGGUGUUAGGUUCGUCGCUGCUGAAGAGUGAUGACACUGAGAUCCAACUACACCAAGAUGGGUCGUGGAGCACACCAGGACUUCGAAGCGUGGCGCAGAUUCUAGAUACACCCUCAAAGCCCGUUCAGAAGGUGGAAGUUAUAUCGGACGAUAUAGAGCUCAUCUCGGACGAUGCUAAGCCUGUAAAAAGCGAUUUGACUCCAGCACAGGACGACCAGCCAACCUCCACGUCAAACAGUGAAACUGUUGAUCUAACGUUGAGUGAUUCCGACGAUGACAUGCCGCUGGCUAAACGUCGUCCGCCCGCGAAGCAAGCUGUUGCCAGUUCAACGUCGAAUGGCAGCGGUGGCGGCCAACGUGCCUACACCCCGGCACAGCAGCCGCAGCAAUCCGAGUCCCCAGAACAGCAGGCCCGUCGCCAAUCGCCAGAGAUGCAGCCAGUUUUAGACCAGCAACUGCAGCAGCAACACCCCGAGCAGCCAGCGGCGGCAGCCGUCCAUGCCUCUCUCCUGGAAUCCCUAGCUGCUGCGGUCGCGGAUCAAAAGCACUUCCAACUGUUGGAUCUGGCUGCGGUUGCGGCUGCUGCAGCUGCCACGGCGUCUUCCGGCCAGAGUCAGAAUGCCGGCCCGUAGGCAGGACCCACAUCCAUCGCACACCUCAUGGCUAGCACCUCAUUCUCAUGAUUCUUGAUUUGGCUACCCAGUUUAGUUUUUCGUUUCUCUUUCGGCGGCAUACGGCCAGACCUUUCCUUAGAGUUAGAGGCUAUUAUCGGCGUUCCAUUCGCAGUCACCUCAUCUUUCAUACGCACUCGAUCGCGACCCACCAACUGAUGCUUGUAAUUCUUGUGUUGCAGGACGCAGGCAAAACAGACAGGCUUUAUAGGAUCCCCUGGUUCUUAGUAACAGCUCCUGAUCCCCCAUCGGAUAGAUUGUUCCUGCCCCCUUUAAUUUGGCUCACCCUGCAUUGGCUAUGUUGUGUCUUUCGUUUCUGUAUUGUCUCGAGUAGUUGUGUAACGCUUCCCCAGGGUUCUUAGCAACACAAACUCACCCUCCUACACAUACCAACUGAAAUAAUCCUAGAUAUAAUUAUACAAACUAGCACCAGCAUUAAUUAGCAAUUCCCAUAGGAAACUCAAUUAAUUUAUUUUAUUUUGAAGCAGGCUGCUGAAUGACCACAGCAUUGUCCUGAAAACCUAAUCGCCCUACGCACUACUAACUUUAUAACUUAAGCUUAAGCCUGAAUCAGAUGUUAGUCCUAAGUCCUGCCAAUGCAAGUUGGGCGUAUUUAUAUUCCUAUUCAAGAAGCGCGAGAGGAGCAGGCCAGGCGGCAGCCAGCCGCGGCGCCGACAUUUAAGUUAGUUAAGUUAUUUUACUUGCUUUACGGAUACUGAGUGUGUGGAGCGGUGGGUGCUGCCUAUCAAGUACGUAUUUAUAUUGUGUUUGCAAGUCGGGGCGAAGUUGCAUUAAAUGUACACGUAAAAUGGCAACAAACGAACGCAUUUUUAUUGAUAAAACCCGAUUGGGAACGGGCGGUAUUUUCAUGACGUCCAGUUAGACACUCAAUUGAUAAGCAAGCCCCCAGACUUUUGUCGUUUAUUUAAGCUCAAACCGUACCAUUACGGAUUUAUAUUAUAUGUUAAGAUUUAAAAUUUAAAUUAAUGCUUUGACUUUGAUUUGAUGCCAAAACCCCUUAAAUAUCUGAACGAACAAAUAUGAAAUCAAUGUACAAGGAGAUGUGUACUUUAACUAUAUUAUUAAACAAUUUUCAACCAAA